AUGGGACAAAAGAGAGGUCGUGACCCGAAGGCCCAGGCCCCCGAGUCUAAGAAGCGCAAGAAGGCCGCGAAAUCCGGCCCAGUUGCGGACGACGAUUCCUGGGACGGUGUUGUCGGUAUUGACGACCUCAACUGGACGGAAGUUGCUCUGCCCGAUCGCUUGGAGGAUGCGACUGGAUUCCUUGGACUGGAAGAGAUUGAUGGAGUAGACAUUAUCAGGUCUUCAGGUGGCGGAGAGGUUCAAUUCAAGGCCAAGGAAGGAAAACCAAGAAAGUCGAUUCUGAAGAAGCCAUCUGCCGAAAACAACGGUGAAGAAUGGGAUGGUUUCAGCGACGGUGAAUCCAACGAGAAGCCCACGGCUGUUCCAGCGGCCGAGACCCAGCCCGCAAAGGACGAGAAGAAAACGAAAAACAAGAAGGAAAAGAAAGUCAAGGAGGUGAAGCCCAAGGAGGCACAGCCUAAACGGGAUCCAAACCUGAAGGUUGGUCUUUCGUUUGCGGCGCUUGAAGAGGCUGGAGAGGACGAUGGUGCGGACGUAUCUGCGUGGGAUAAACUUGGUCUCUCCCCAGAGAUUCUCACAAGUCUCUCCAAGCUCAACUUUUCUACACCGACUACUGUGCAAAAAUCCUGUAUCCCUGCAAUCCUGGACGGGCAUGACGUGGUUGGUAAGGCUUCUACUGGUUCCGGUAAAACACUGGCAUUUGGCAUCCCAAUUCUUGAGCAUUAUCUGGAGAAGCGAGGGAAAAAAGAAGACGAGGGCAAGAAGCCCAAGUCCGACCCCAUGACGCUCAUUCUUUCACCCACUCGAGAGCUGGCACAUCAACUGGCGAAGCACAUUGGUGAUUUCAUUACAAAUGCUCCAGAUGCCGAUGCACGCAUCGCUCUUUUGACUGGUGGCUUGUCUAUUCAGAAACAGCAGAGACAGCUAGCGAACGCUGAUAUCGUCAUUGGUACCCCAGGUCGUGUGUGGGAAAUUCUGAGCACAGGCUCUGGUUUGAUCCGCAAGAUGCAAGGCAUCAAAUUCCUGGUUGUCGACGAGGCCGAUCGUCUGCUUAGCGAGGGUCAUUUCAAGGAAGUGGAAGAGAUUUUGGGUGCCUUGGAUCGCAAGGAGCAGGGUGAUUUCCCUGAUAUGGAUGAACAGGAGGAGGUCGCGGAAGAGGAGCCGAGCGUUCGCCAGACCCUUGUAUUCUCUGCUACUUUCCACCGGGACUUACAACAGAAGUUGGCUGGAAAGAGCCGUUGGACUGGAGGUGAUUUGAUGGACAAGAAAGAGUCCAUGGAAUAUCUCCUCAAGAAGCUGAACUUCCGGGAAGAGAAGCCAAAGUUCAUUGACGUCAACCCGGUUCAGCAGAUGGCCGAGGGACUGAAGGAAGGAAUUGUUGAAUGUCCUGCCAUGGAGAAGGAUCUCUACCUGUACUCCCUUCUACUCUAUUACCCCAAGCACCGAACCCUUGUUUUCACCAACUCUAUCUCCGCAGUCCGCCGUCUUACUCAAUUACUGCAAAACUUGCAACUUCCCGCCCUCGCUCUUCACUCUUCCAUGGCACAGAAAGCCCGUCUCCGCUCUGUAGAGCGAUUCUCUUCACCCACAUCAAACCCAAGUUCUAUUCUCGUUGCGACCGACGUGGCGGCACGUGGUCUCGACAUCAAGGGAAUUGACUGUGUUAUUCACUACCACGCACCUCGCACAGCAGACACCUACGUCCACCGAUCUGGACGUACCGCUCGUGCUGGCGCGGUCGGUAAGAGUGUGAUUAUCUGUGCCCCGGAAGAAGUUGUCAGCGUGGCCCGUCUCGCCGCCAAAGUCCACACCCAAAGCGGCAAGAAGGGACCCAUCAAGAAGCUACCUCUGGAAUCCCUUGAUAUUGAUCGUCGAGUUGUGUCUCGCGUGCGCUCCCGCAUCGAACUCGCCAGGAAGAUUACCGACUCGACCAUUGCCAAAGAAAAGAUUUCCGCCGAAGACAAUUGGCUCCGUUCUGCGGCCGAGGAUCUCGGUGUCGAGUAUGACAGUGAUGAAUUUGACGAGUCUCAGGGCAAGGGCCGUGGCCGUGGUGGUGGUCGCCAUCAGAAGGAGAAGCAGGCUAGUAGUAUCACCAAGAGCGAACUGGCCGGACUUCGUGCCGAGUUGAAGCAUCAGCUUUCUCAGCGUGUGAACAUCGGUGUCAGUGAGCGGUAUCUCACGGCUGGACGCAUUGAUAUCGAAGCUCUCCUGCGUGGUGAGGGCAACAACUCCUUCUUGGGACACCUGGAUCCAUUGGAUUUCUAG